AAAACUCCUGCCUCACUUGGUGUCACAGAAGUCCCCGGUGCGCCAAGCAAAUGUGUUUACUUCUGCUGCCCGCCAGGCCGGCGGGGAAGGGGAGUACCCUGGCCGCGCCACACUUUCGCCCCUGCAGCUUUCCAAACAAACCGAGGCGGGAUGGGAGUGUCUUCUUGGCUGUGGAACUCGAUCCUCCUACCUUGUCCUGAAGCCACCCGCUGCUUUUCCCCGGCCCUCCCUUCGUGGUGAUUUUCCUGUCCGGGACGCCCGGGAAGGGCGCGCGGCCGGUGUCCCCCCAGCCCGAAAGGUGGGCCAGCCAUGAGAGGGUACCUUGUGGCCAUAUUCCUGAGUGCUGUCUUUCUCUAUUAUGUGCUGCAUUGUAUAUUAUGGGGAACAAAUGUCUAUUGGGUACCACCUGUGGAAAUGAAGCGGAGAAAUAAGAUCCAGCCUUGUUUAUCAAAGCCAGCUUUUGCCUCUCUCCUGAGUCAGAGUUCUGCAUAUAUUUUCAGCAAAGGCAUUGAAGAACUCCAUCAGACCAGUAUUCUUUUUACACAGGUUUCAUCAGUUUCACCCUUUUCUGUGUGCAGCUGAUUUUAAAAAGAUUGCUUCCUUGUAUGGUAGCGAUAAGUUUGAUUUGCCCUAUGGGAUAAGAACAUCAGCGGAAUAUUUUCGACUUGCUCUUUCAAAACUGCAGAGUUGUGAUCUCUUUGACGAGUUUGACAACGUGCCAUGUAAAAAGUGCGUGGUGGUUGGUAAUGGAGGAGUUUUGAAGAAUAAGACAUUAGGAGAAAAAAUUGACUCCUAUGAUGUAAUAAUAAGAAUGAAUAAUGGUCCUGUUUUAGGACAUGAAGAGGAAGUUGGGAGACGGACAACCUUCCGACUCUUUUAUCCAGAAUCUGUUUUUUCAGAUCCCAAUCACAAUGAUCCUAAUACUACGGCAGUUCUCACUGUUUUUAAGCCGCUUGAUUUAAAGUGGCUGUGGGAACUGCUGACGGGUGGCAAAAUAAACACUAAUGGUUUUUGGAAGAAACCAGCCUUAAACUUGGUCUACAAACCUUAUCAAAUCAGAAUAUUAGAUCCUUUCAUUAUCAGAAUGGCAGCUUAUGAACUGCUUCACUUCCCAAAAGUAUUUCCCAAAAAUCAGAAACCCAAACACCCAACAACAGGAAUUAUUGCCAUCACGCUGGCCUUUCACAUAUGUCAUGAAGUUCACCUUGCUGGUUUUAAAUACAACUUUUCUGACCUCAAGAGUCCUUUGCACUAUUAUGGGAAUGCCACCAUGUCUUUGAUGAAUAAGAAUGCGUAUCACAAUGUGACAGCGGAGCAGCUCUUUUUGAAGGACAUUAUAGAAAAAAACUUUGUAAUCAACUUGACUGAAGAUUGACUCUACAGACUCAGAAGACGCUAACAGUAUUAGUUUUAUUUUUAUACGGCAAUUUUAGUUUAUUUUUAAAUAUGUUGGAUGCACUUGUCAAAAAUUGUGUAUAUUAAGUCUUUUACUGCCUGGUGAUUCAUAACCACCAGCUUAAUUUUUGUGAAUAUAUUUAAUUUAUAAAAACCAAGAUAUGCUUAGUUAAGAUAUCAGGGAAAGAAGUUUUGAUUGCAUUGUUUUUAAAACAAGUUAGUUUUCCAAAGUGUUUUUAAACAUCUUUUUAUAAUUAGUUCAUCUUAGACUUUUGAGAGGAUGUGACUUCCUAAUAAUGGGCUUUAUUUAGUUGACCACAAGUUUUGAACACAACAUUUGGCUACUGUAAAUUGGUGGGGAAUGGCCAUGUGGUUGUGCCUUGAUUCGGCAAACUGCAACCACUUUAGGCAUGUAGCUAGAUGAUUGUUCCUUUUCGUUGUAGCUGAGGAAACAGAUUUGAAUCUUAAAGCAGCCCUGAACAUAACAGUAGGUAUGGUUAUGGAAAUCUAAGAUUAUACUGUUUUCACUAAGCUUUUUUUGUCUUGCAAUUAAGUGAACUGAUUAUAAUGAGUCAUCGGAUAGAAGGAAGGUGGUGUUUUUAAGGUGAAGGAAAUAGGCUAAACAUGAAAUUCUGGACAAGUAAAUAAUCUAAGAAUGCAAUUACUAAAGCCUGGUGACUGCAUUAUUUUAAAACUCAUACAAAGUGGCUGAGCUAGGCAAGCUCAAGGAGA